CAGCGUUCGAUGUCGAUAAUAUGAUUAGCCGCCUUUUAAAUGUGGGUAUGGCUGGAGGGCGUUUAACUACACAGGUUGCCGAAGAGGAGUUGCAUCAGUUGUGUGUUUUGACCAAACAAGUGUUUUUGAGUCAGUCAAGUCUAAUCGAGGUGGAGCCACCGCUGGUGGUUUGCGGCGAUAUUCACGGGCAAUACUCGGAUUUGUUGCGGAUUUAUGACAAGAACGGCUUCCCACCCGAGUCCAACUACUUGUUUCUGGGCGAUUUCGUUGACAGAGGCAAACAGAAUAUCGAGACAAUCUCCUUGCAAUUUUGCUACAAAAUCAAAUAUCCCGAAAAUUUCUUCAUGUUAAGAGGAAAUCAUGAGACGAGCGCUAUAAAUCGUGAUACUUUCAAUUGUAUGCCACUAUGUGGCUAUAUUGGUGCACGUAUUCUGUGCAUGCACGGUGGCCUUUCACCACAUCUGCAAUCGUUAGAACAAUUGCGCAAUCUGCCUCGUCCGUAUGAUCCGCCGAAUCCGUCGAUGGAGUUGGAUUUGCUCUGGGCUGAUCCCGACCAGUGGGUGAAAGGCUGGCAGGCGAACACACGUGGUGCAUCGUAUACGUUCGGUCAAGACGUUGUGGUGGAUAUUUGUCAGAAGUUGGAUCUGGAUUUGAUCUGUCGUGCACAUCAAGUGGUACAGGAUGGCUACGAGUUUUUUGCGAAUCGCCGACUGGUGACCGUCUUUUCGGCGCCACACUAUUGUGGCCAAUUCGACAAUGCCGGCGGAACGAUGUCGAUUACCGAAGAUAUGAAUUGCUCAUUCCAGGUGGGCUUACUAGAAACUAAGCCCUCUUGA